UCUUUAAAAUGAAAUGUAUCCUCUGCAUAAAUGUUCCUUUUUUUCUUCACUCGGGUAAGAAAUCAAGUGAGCAUUAACAUCAUUUUCUCAUAGAUUUUUAUAAAAUCAGACUUCUUUUCGCAACCAGAGGAGCCGGCCCCCUGCUGACUGUUAGAAUUCAGUUUUAAUGCACUGACAUGUUGGCUCGAUCAAUCUGUUAUACAGUCUGUGACACCAGCAACUUAGUCAUUCUCCAUUUCCAGCUCAGACUUUCUCUUCUGCUUCCUUAAAGGAGGAUGAUAUAUAACCUGGUGUGUUCCAGUGUUCAUUGGUAGAAGAUUGGUUUAAUGUUUGUGUGAAUCAACGUUCCCCUCAAAAAGUCAGCAAGGACAAAUAGUUUGAUCAAUUCCUGAGAAAAAGACCGGGAGUCACCAGUACAGGGGGACACCCUGGUCAGGUCGCCAGUCUGUCGAAGGGCUACGUAUACAGACAAACAGUCACACUCACAUUCACACCUACGGGCAAUUUAGAGUAACCAGUUAACCUCAGCAUAUUUUUGGACUGUGGGAGGAAGCCGGAGUACCCGGAGAAAACCCACACAUGCACAGGGAGAAAAUGCAAACUCCAUGCAGAAAGAUCCCAGGCCCAGGCCGGGAUUUGAACCGGGGAUCUUCUUCUCUACACCAUUGUGCAGCCCCGAGUUCGGUCAGGUAGCAGUUAUUUUUAUAUUGGAAUGCUUAUAAUUAGAUGUUUUAUUACAGACGGAGAGCGCUAAUGGUUAUGUUAUUGUUAUUUUUAAGGUGUAAGUGCUAACCACUACUCCACUGUGCAGCCCUCAUUUGGAAUCCUAAAUGCUAAAAUUAGCCUGUGCUCUGAUGGUAGCUUACCAUUGGUAGAAGAAAAACACAAUGGAUAUGCCUGAUGUGAUGUAAACUGUAACCCGAUAAACUGACAUGAAUUAAAAUACUUCUUGGUCCUGGAAGUAAUGCUAGGCUACUACUGUAGGUAUGUUUGUUAGCUGGACAUGCAACAUUUGCAUGAUGACAAUCAGACAGUUUAAUUCAUUCCACCUUUGCUCUAAGGUUUUGAUCUUAUACUUAACAGAGCAUCCUUCAAAUACUUGAUUGUGAUUGGGCUGAUUGGGUGUUUGAGGUCUUGGGAUGGGAUUUAGCAAGCAGAUGAUUCUCCAUCUGUGUUGAAUUCUUCUGCCCAAGAAUAGCAGCUAAAAAAAGAAGAAGCAUCUCACAAUUAUUUCCUGAAAAUAGUAUGUUUUGUGCGGUGGACCAAUGGAGUUGUUCAAUCUGUGAUACAUCAACUUUAUGCCAGGAACAGGGGUUGCAGCUUCAAGUAAUUCUUGAAGUCUGUGUAGGUUCUCAUUCAUCCAGGUAAUGGUUAUCCAAAGUAGUUUAAAUAAAUCCAUUGGACUUUAAGAAAGUUCCUUGAACAUGUUUCACCUCUCAUCCAAGAGGCUUCUUCAGUUCUGGUGGUGGUUAGUGUUGCCUCAGCUUUUAAACCUCUGUGAGGUGUGUCCAGGGCUGUUAUUCCAACGACCGAUACCAAAGCUCAUCUGACUACUCAACGAUGGUCGUUGUGAGCAUCGAUGGGAGUCGUUGAAAUGCACAGAUGUCACUGAGCCCUCGUGUGCUAAUGGUGGUCAUUAGCAUGAGUCUGCUGAGUAGUUCUUUUGGGGAGUUUUGAAAGGACCUGAUUGUAAAUUGGCGAAAGAUGAUGUUGCAGACCACCACCCCUGUUCAGAGAUGGCUUGUCUACUUUGACAUAGAUGGCUUCUUUCACUCCUCUCUCAAACCAUCUGUCCUCCCUGUCCAAAAUCUGAACAUUGGUGUCCUGAAAUGAGUGUCCUUCUUCCUUAAGGUGAAGCAAGACUGCCGAAUCCUGUCCUGAGGAAUUGGCUCUCCUGUGUUGAGCCAUGCGCUUGUUAAGUGGCUGUUUGGUUUCCCCUAUGUAGAGAUCUGAGCAUUCCUCACUGCAUUUAACUGCAUAAACCAGUUUGCCCUUCUGGCUGUGUGGUGUGGGGUCUUUUGGGUGGACCAGUCUUUGCCUGAGGGUGUUAUUUGGCUUAAAAAAGACAGGAAUCUGGUGUUUGUUGAAAACCCUCCUCAGUUUUUCAGACACACCAGACACAUAUGGAAUCACUAUAUUGUUGCACCUGCUGUCCUUCUCUUCUGUCUUCACUGGGUUGUUCUCCUUUCUGGAUCUUGUGUGAGCCUUCACAAAGGUCCAGUCAGGGUAUCCACAAGUUUUCAGUGCCCCUUUCAGGUGUUUGUGUUCUUUUUUCCUGGCCUUGGGUACUUGUGGGUAACUUGUCAGCCCUGUGUUGCAGGGUCCUGAUGACUCCUAGCUUGUGCUCCGGUGGAUGGUGAGAGUCAAAAAGCAGGUACUGGUCCGUGUGUGUUGUUUUCCUGUAUAUCCCAACACUCAGACUUCUGUCCUCUUCUAUGCGGACCUCACAAUCCAAAAAGGGCAAAAUGUUGUCCUGUACAUCCUCUCUGGUGAACUUGAUGUUGCUGUCCACAGAGUUGAUGUGUUCAGGGAAAGUUUGCACCUCAUGAAUUCUGAUCUUGACCCAUGUGUCGUCCACGUAUCGGAACCAGUGGCUCAUGUUUCUCCGUUGAACGAGGUCAGGGCCCUGUGUUCCACUUCUUCCAUGUAUAGAUUGGCUACAAUAGGACCACGGUAUCCUACAAUGUCACCUCCCUAUUCACAUGUGUUCUCACAAUGGAGGCGGUGGAAACAGUGAGGCAACAGCUUCUACAAGACAACACCCUCAGCAACAGAACAAACCUCAACCCAGACCAGAUUUGCCAACUUUUGGACCUCUGCCUGAACACCACCUACUUCCAGUACAGAGGGAGUUUCUAUAGGCAGAAACAUGGAUGUGUCAUGGGCUCACCAGUGUCUCCUAUUGUGAUCCUGCUCCAGCCCCAGCCCUUCGUUCCCCUUCUCCCUGUUUUUCCUAUUUUCUCCCUUGGUUCCUGAUCUGUCUCUUUGACUCCCUCUGUCUGUCUGUUAUGUCUCUCGCUCCCUGUCACUCGCCUUCUUGCUCUCCCUGCUUCACCUGCCUGCGCUCAGCUGAUUACUACAGGUCAGUGGCGGCUUGUUAAUAGGGAGCGCUAGGGCGCCGCCCCCGUCAAGAUUUUAUGAAAAAGGUAUUGACACAGUAAACAUAAAUAUGUAUUUAAAGUAAUUAACACAUCUGCACAGUGUUCACUCAUACAAUGGGUCUCAUUUUUAUUUUUUUAAGCCUUUCCAUUCCAUAUUGGGGUUUUUUCGGGGUUGUUUUACACGUUUCAAUAGCGAGGGGCGCCUGUCAAAUGAGCAUGCAUGUACAUUCUAAAACUUUUGGCUUUCAUGUGACUUAAUAUUGGUUACUUAAAGAUUGUCCUCCGGAGCUCUCUGCGUCCCUAGCGAAUCAGCACGUUUGGGUGGUCAUUUUUCAUCUGAUCUGAAGGAUUCAUGACACCUGUCAAUCAAAGUCACCCCUGACAGCGUACACAGACACUUACGGAGAGAGACAGACAGACCACAACAACAAGACAGAAGAUGAUGGUGGCAGCAAAAGAAAAUUUGUUUGUUUCUUUACAAAAUAAUCCUUUUACGAGGCGUUCGCUGGAGGAAAAAAAAGGAUAAAGGAGCUAGGACCGGAGCAACCUGAUGUACAAAUCCAGCAGCAGGCAAGUGACCGUGGACGGAGUUACACCCGGGGCUUCUCCCGCCUGUGUUAUGCUAAACACAGCUGGCUAGCUGGAUGUGAAGUUAGCAAUGCUCUGUAUUGCUUUCCCUGCUUGCUUUUUCAAAGUGUUGGCACUGAAGUUCUGUUGACAACAACGGGGGUCAGAGACCUGAAACAUCUCUCUGAAAAAUGCAAACGGCAUGAAGGUAGCCGUAGCCACCUUGACAACAGCAUGAAACUACAGUUUUUCGGCCGUGUUAGCAUUGCUGAACAACUAGAUGAGGGCUACAGAGUUGGCAUUAGAAGGCACAAUGAAGAGGUGACAAAAAUCGUCACAUACUGUCCAGGAUAAUAGACUGUGUGAAAUUUUGUGGAGUCUUUGAGUUGGCUUUACGUGGCCAUGAUGAGAGUGAGAGCUCUGUUAACCCUGGGAUAUUUCAUGGGUUGGUGGAUUUUGUUGCCUCUCUGGAUGGAGCUUUAAAAGAGCACCUUGAAACUGCCAUUGUUUUUAAGGGUACUUCAAAAACUGUCCAAAAUGAGCUCCCGGACUGUAUGUUGUCUGUUGCAAGGCAGAAAAUAAUUAAAGAAGCCCAAAAGAGUGUUUUUGUGUCAAUCCAGGCAGAUGAGACAACAGAUAUUUCAACACAGUCACAACUUGUGCUUGUACUACGCUACAUUGAUGACAAACACAGUGUGCAGGAAAGAUUUUUUGAAUUCAUUCCUCUGCAGUCAGCUACGUCUGAGUCCAUUGCUACUGCAUUAACAGAGCGUCUUGCUGCCAUCAUUCCUGAGGAUCAGAAAAGCAAGCUAAUCUGUCAGGCGUAUGAUGGAGCCAGUGUGAUGAGGGGUGCCACUGCAGGUGUUCAGAGGAAAAUCAGAGAUGUGUACCCAAAUGCCCACUAUAUCCACUGCGAUGCACACCAACUCAACCUGAUCAUGCAGCAGGCCACCUCUCACAUUUCCAAGGUGAGAAUUUUUUUUUCUGACCUGGGUGGAUUUGCCAGUUUUUUUCCAGAUCACCCAAGCGUACAGCUGUUCUUGAUAAAAUGGUGGCCCAUAGACUGCCAACAUCCAGCAAUGUCAGAUGGAACUUUCACAGCCGAGCCAUCAACACUGUGUUUGAGCACAGAGAGGAUCUCAUUCAGUGUUUUGAGAACAUACGAGACUCAGGUGACUUUGAUGCCAGUACCAUCAGAGAGGCAGGAGCCAUGACCAUGCUGCUGGAACAUCAGGACUUUAAGUUCUUUCUGGAACUUUUUCACCACAUCAUGCCACAUGUGGACUUCCUCUAUGCCAAGCCCCAGAAGAAGAACAUAGAUGCAGUCCACAUAAAAGUGAGCAUCCAGCAGUUUGAACAGGACAUCGAAAACAUCAGAAAUUCUCUCCAUUCCAUGGGUGAGCAAAGAAGUGGCUGUCUGACAGCAAAGAGGUGUCGGGCACUCAGUUCAGAGGAUUGUCAAAGGGUUGCAGAAGAGAUCUGCAACACCAUUCUGGGACACACCAAGGAGCGCUUCUCCUUCACCGACCAUCUCGUCUGUGCAACCUUGUUGCAGGAGGACAGGUUUGAGGAACAUCACGGGUCAUUUCCUGAAGAGGCACUGCAACGCACUUUGAAGGCCUACCCGAUGCUGAAUGGAAGCAAGCUGAAGACAGAACUCGGUCUCAUCUACAGGAAAGUAGAGUUCAGAGCCUGCUGUGGUGCACUAUACCUAUUCCAGCUGUUCAUGGAGAACAAUCUUGAAGUUGUCUUUUCAGAAACUGUCAAUCUUUUAAGGAUCCUGAUCACCGCACCCAUGAGCACAGCUGGAGCCGAGAGGGGUUUCUCAACCUUGAAAAGAGUGAAAACUUUUCUCAGAAACACCAUGACCCAGGAAAGGCUGAAUGCCUUGGCCAUGCUCUCCAUGGAAAAGAGACUUGUUUGUGAAAUGACAGAUUUCAAUCAGAAAGUCAUUGAUAAAUUUUCUGGCCUGAAGGACGCACCUGAAGGAGGAGACUUCAAGUAAUUGGUCGACACUCUACCAACAACAAGAAAGAAAACCUCACCAUCAUCCCUCCAAGAGCGGUGCCAAAGAAACCGCAUGAUAUCUGGACUUUCCAGCCACUGUCCCCUAAAGAGGACCUUGAAAAAAACUCCUACUGGAAUCCAUUGCUUGGCCAGAAACUCCACCUUGGCAGA